AUGUUUGGCGCAACAUGCUCACCCUGCGUCGCACAGCAUGUACUGCGAGUGAAUGCGGACAAAUGGGCCAACGAAUUCCCGUUAGCAGCAGAGGCAAUCAAGAACAAGACGUAUAUGGACGACUACUACGAUAGUGCAGAUUCCCCGGAAGAAGCGGCAGAGAUGGCAUUGCAAGUACGAACCAUCCACGCUCAUGGAGGAUUUGAGAUGAGAAACUGGGUCAGCAACAGCAAUAUCGUGUUGCAGAAACUCAGGAAACCUGGUGAAAAGGAGCCACGGCUGCUGCAAACCACGAUGGACAACAAAUGGGAAAGAGUGUUAGGCUUGUUAUGGCACCCAGAAUCGGACACUUUCACAUUUUCUACGGAGCUAGAACAGUUACGACUCUCCAUUUCCGGAGAACGACGACCGACGAAGCGAAUCGCAUUGAAAGUCGAUCUAUGGAGAAGCGCAGUCCAGUGGGAUGAAGAAAUAAGAGAUGAGGAGUUUGAAAAAUGGACGCGCUGGGUUGAAUUAUUACCAAAGAUAGGCGAACUGAGUAUCCCACGUUAUUACUUCAGCGACGCGAUAGCCCCAUGUCAUACGCUGCAGUGUCACGUGUUUACCGACGCUAGCGAAACUAGCUAUGGCUGUGCUGUGUAUUUUAGAACCAUGAAUGAUUUGGCAGAAGUACAAUGCACGCUAAUUAUGGCAAAAAGUAAAGUGGCUCCACUAAAACACCUAUCGAUACCGCGUUUAGAACUAGAAGCCGCUGUGCUAGGUGCCAAAGUACUCAACACUGUAUUGAGCUAUCACUCGCUGCAACCCCAUGGAGUGUACCUAUGGACCGAUUCAUCGACUGUACUUUCGUGGAUUCGCUCAGACCACAGGCGAUACAAGCAGUUUGUCGCCCAUCGUAUUGGAGAAAUUCUAUCGUCGACUCAAGCGGAAUGCUGGCGGUGGGUAUCAUCUAGGGACAAUGUAGCUGACUGUCUGACGAAGUUGGUGCGUGAUACAGUGCCGGAUUCCAACGGUAGGUGGUAUAAAGGACCAGAAUUUCUAUAUCUUUCGGAGGAUCAGUGGCCAAAGCAGCAGGUGAAAACGAACACUGUCGAAGAACUACGUCCUAGCUAUUUGUUUGCUCAUAUUUCUCUACCCGUUAGAGUGAUAGACAUCUCUAGGUUUUCAAAAUGGAGUAUACUGCUACGAACUGUAGCAUGUUUAUGCCGCUUCAUCAACAAUUGCCGCUUGCGAAUCUCGGGACGGCCAAUAGAGACACUCCAGGCAACUAGAAACCUUCAGAAGUCGCUUAAAUGGAGCGUUCCAUGUUGUAAGACGCCGUUGAAACAGGAGGAAUUUCAACGAGCAGAGCAGUUUCUUUGGAAAAUGGAACAAAGUGAAUACUUCCCCGACGAGGUUCGAGUCAUGUUGAAAAAUCGAGACCAGCCAAUAGCGAAAUGGCUAUCCAUCGAGAAGAACAGCCCGUUGUAUAAGUUAUCUCCAUUUGCCGACGAGUAUGGUGUUGUCAGGAUGGAAGGCAGAACCGCAAACGCUGCCUAUGCCAAUUUCAACGCGAGGUUUCCAAUAAUUCUUCCCAAGGACGGUCAAAUAACUCGAAUGCUGUUGGAUCACUACCACCGCCGAUAUGGUCAUGCAAGCAAAGAAACUAUUGUAAAUGAGGUUCGUCAGCGGUUUGAAAUCUCACAUUUACGAUCAAUCGUAGAUAAUAUUUCUCGCAACUGUUGUUUCUGUAAGGUGACUAAGUGUAAGCCGAUCCCUCCACGAAUGGCGCCAUUACCCGAGCAACGCUUGACGCCGAAAGCCCGCCCUUUUAGCUACGUCGGUAUCGACUAUAUGGGCCCACUAGAAGUCACUGUCGGUCGGCGCAAAGAGAAGAGAUACGUCGCUGUAUUCACGUGCUUGGUUAUACGGGCUAUUCAUUUAGAGGUCGCUUACGAUUUGUCCAGCGAGUCCUGCAUCAUGGCGAUCCGCAGAUUCACGCGUAGGCGAGGAUCCCCAGUUCAAAUCUUUUCUGAUAAUGGCACUAAUUUUGUGGGAGCAAACCGCGAACUGCACAAACAGAUCAACGUCGAAUGCGCUGGAACCUACACCGAUGCGCGAACAAAAUGGUCGUUCAAUACCCCAUCCGCUCCUCAUAUGGGUGGGGUAUGGGAACGAAUGUUGAAGUGGAAGGAUUAA